AUGCUUCUUUGGUUGCUUCUCUUAACCUUAUCUGCUCCAUUCAGCAAAGCACAGGAUGGUGCCCCAUUGGAGAUUCCUGGUGAAGACCUCGAGCCGUUUGAUGUUCCAUUGAAGGAGUUAGAGAAGGACACGAAAGAGGUGACAACUUUAAAUGAACAGUGCAAAAGAUUCAUCAAUCACUACAGAUAUUAUUGUCGCACAUCCAACAUUGCCACAUAUAAUGAAGAAGUUCGGAUAAUUUGUGAAAGAUACAGAACUUACUGUUCAGAUAGAGUGUACCCAUCCGUCAACCAUAUCAGACGUCAAACUAACUAUUGGAAACAGUCGGGAUUACCUCAGUCAGCCAUUAAUGCGCUUACGUCGUGCUAUUCGAGAUGCAAAGAAACUGAUCCAGUUUGCAUCAAUGCAUGUGAAUGUAUUCACCUGCAAUGGACUAUGGAGAGCUUUUGCAAUCCCACAAUGACGGCUCCUUCAGGACCGAAUUGCCAGAGAUGGGCAGCUAAAUGCCGAGCUAUCUGGAAACCGUUACCAGAUUAUACUCCUCUUGAUCGACAACUCUACGGACCCAUGGCCCCACCACCAAUUGUUAGAGGAAUUUUCUACGGUUACGAUGGAGCAGGGAACCAUCGUGUUUUCGAUCGUCCACGAGACCAUGGAGUUUCUUUCUGGCGUGGUACGAAUACAGUCCUGGUCGAUUGGCCCGAAGGAAAAGUCAGUACUGGAACUACAUGGGAUGUACCUUUCGUUGGUGUUCACGGUAUUUACAAUGCGGUCGAUGUAGGGUUCCCCAACCCUCGCCGGGCGCUUGCGGAACUGACGAAGGACAAUCCAGAUCCAUUAAAUCCUGGAACAGGAAGAUAUCACUCUUAA